CUUUGACUUUACAGGCAGAUUUCUGCCUCCUGUUUACAAGCUUUGACUUUACAGGCAGAUUUCUGCCUCCUGUUUACAUCAUAGUCUUCAUCAUUGGUCUGGUAGCUAACGGAUGGGGACUGAAGUCUUUGCUGCACAACUGGAAGAAGCUAAAAAUCAUCAAUGUUUUCGUUCUCAACCUUGGACUUGCUGAUAUUUUGUACCUGCUCACACUCCCAUUUUUGGUGGUGUACUACUUUAUGAAGAGUAAAUGGAUCUUUGGAGACGCAUUCUGCAAGAUCACAAGAUUCUGCUUCAACCUGAAUCUCUAUGGCAGCAUCGGGUUCCUCACUUGUAUAAGUGUGUACAGGUAUCUGGCUGUUGUCCAUCCACUGAGAGUGAUUGGAAGAUUAACUCUGACUCAUUCUGUGGGGAUCUCAGCGAUGGUUUGGGUCUUGGUGAGCGCUCAAAGUCUCCCGGAUGUGUUCUACAGCAAAACAUAUGGAAACAAGCCUGGGAAAUGUUUUGAUACCACCAGUAACACCUAUGUUGAGAGUUAUCUGAAAU